AGAGUUUGUAAUCUUCGGAAGUUUCCAAAGAGGUACGGACAAAAUGGCGGCAAUGAGGCUUCUCCUUGUUGGUGCUGCAGGAUUCAGCUCCUUCUACUUUCUCAAAGAAAACAAGAGACUGUACGCCAUAAGCUACGGGAGACAUGUGUACGAUGGAGAGGAGAAGAGAACCACGUGGGACAAGAACUGGGACCACAGACAACCAAUCAAGACUGAAGAAGAGAAGAAAAUUAAUGGAGAGGGUGGGGAUAAAGGAAAGAGUGAGGUACCAACGGCAACAAGGCAUCUCAUUUUAGUAAGACAUGGGCAAUACGUCAUGGACGAUGAUCCAGACAAAAAGAUACUGACUGAGCUUGGUAGGAGGCAAGCAGUUGAAACUGGGAAACGUUUGAAAGAGCUCAAUCUUCCGUUCACAAUCCUUUAUCACUCCACCAUGGUAAGGGCCGUAGAGACUGCUGAUAUCAUCAGUCAGCAUCUGCCAGGGGUUCCUGUGAACACGACUGAAAUUUUGUGCGAGGGGGCCCCCAUUAAACCAGAGCCUGCUGUUACACAUUGGAAACCAGAACACUGGCAGUUUUUUCAAGAUGGCUCUCGUAUAGAGACAGCUUUCAGACAGUUCUUUCAUCGUGCUCCUCCAGAACAAAAAGAAGACAGCUAUGAACUGAUUGUCUGUCAUGCGAAUGUAAUAAGAUACUUUGUAUGCAGGUCCCUACAGUUACCUCCAGAGGCGUGGCUUAGAAUGAGUAUUGGUAACUGUGGAAUCACUAAAAUAUCCAUCCGGCCUAAUGGGCGUGUCAGUUUAAAAGAAAUGGGUGGUACUGGACACCUCCCACCCGAACUAUUGACAUUUAAUUGACUCUCAUACAUGUACAUGUACAUGUACAUGUACAUGUACAUGUACAUGUACAUUUUUAGCUCUCAUUCAUAUUGAUGAGUAUCCUUUCCUUAUGGUACAGUCAGCCCUAUA